AUGAGUUGGCAAGAAUUUGAUGUACUUUUUCUGGUCAGAAAUAGAAUAAGCUCAGAAGAUAUGUAUUGUUCCAUGAAGGAUACUAAGUUGAACUCUCCAAAAGACAGGCGAAUAAGGCAAUGGGAUCAUCCAAUUAUAUCAAUGCCUAGGCUAAUGCUCUUACUUUUUAUGUUUGAUGCUUCCUUAGUGUACGCUAAAUACGCAUCAUGGAGCAAUGAAGUUCCCCAGCUUGAGGCGGAGCAUGAGAAGCUUGGACAGAACCACUAUCCAUAUGCCGAGCUCACUCGAUAUUAUUCGAGCCCUAAAUAUAAUGCAGAACCGACAUAUAAUACCUUUGGUAUGAUGCCAUUUCACUUGUUCACACGUAUUUUAAUUAGCAAAACUUCAAGAGUACCCAAUGAGUAUAUAACGGUAGCUAAUGGCUCGAAUGCCCUGGCCUUCGGUAAGCAGUCUAUCGAAAAUUCAUGGGCCAGUUUGCUUUGCUGCAACAAAUUGGUGUUUGUCUGGACAAUUCUUCUACUAUUUCUUAUAAUUGCCAUACCAUUCGUUGCUAUCACCUAUUUUUGCUUUUGCUUCUGCCGUUGCCCCACUGUGUGCGAGUGUAAUGAAUAUGCGGACCGUCGAAUGCGUCACAUUUGGAGCGUUGGGCUAACGCUGCUUAUAGUUGGCCUGGUCUUUGGUUUAGUCAUUGUAAUGCUAAAUGAUAAGCUAAUUGGUCAAGGCGUUCGGCAAAAUUGGGAUAAUAUGCAAAUAGAUCGUGAAGAUAUUUGCACAUUUAUGAGAGAUAUAUUGGAUAAUAUCCAUCACGUUUUUGUGAACAACUUUGAGGAGUUCGAAACGCAUAUAAAUGCUCAGCUGAAUGAUGUCGACAAUCACAUACUUUUGGAUCUAAGCGAUAUUUCGGGGCUCAAUGCUCUAACCGACCUAGAGGAAAUACUCUCGAAUAUGCCCAGGGCGUUAGCUUUAAUGAAACGUGUCGAUAAGGAUAUAGAGACAUUAUUAUUCUAUAUAGCCCAAUAUAGAGAUGGUCUACGUUUUGUUAGACGUAAAAUGACCUAUUUGCUAACGGUCUGGUGUGACUAUCAGCAAUGCAACGAUAUUCUGCGGAGCUCUGGCAUUUUGCAGUGGGACACCUCAGUGUGUCUGCACCUGGAUUUAUUGCCCAACAUAAGCGAGUUUAUAGAGAGCUUGCAGGAUAUCAUAAGAGCUGAUUUGUUAUAUAUACCAAGGCAAGGCAUAUACAACUAUCAAGUAGUUGGCAAAAUUAUUAGGGAAAAUUUGCAUGACCAGCUCCCAUUGAUUUCAAUGAAGCUUGCCAAAUUGAGUGAGACUUACAGGCAAAAUGUCACUCAUUUGCAGGGUUUAAUCCGAUCGAUAAUCAAUGAUAUUUAUAGCCAACACUCACACAUGACAAAAGGCUUUCACGAGCUCCAACAAAGCUAUGGAAGUGAUCGUAAACUCAUUAGCAUAGCUCUAUCUGUGUCAAUAUUAACGAUUACGAUCAUCUUGAUUGCUGCACUUAUUUGCGGAUGGUGUGUACGUAGAGAUAAUUCGGGAUCCAAAUGCUUGUUACUGGCCAUGGUAUUGAUAUCAUUGAUUUCGUCACUUAUGUUACUUGUCUGUUUGUUCUACUCUAUAAUGGGCUUGAUCAUGUACCAUGCUGUAUGUACACCCCGAACCUCUUUGGAGAGACAUGACGUUUUCGAUACUCAUGUGAAUCACCCAUUCAACAAGAAUGAAACCAUGUGUCAUGAAAAUCAAAACAUCUUUGAUCUGCUACGUGUUGCGGGUUUAUAUGAUGUAAAUAGUCUAUGGAAGGAAAUGUCGGACAAUAUAACACCAGAAUAUAUUAUUGAAUUUAGGGAUGACCUAACCAAGCUUGUAAUUUUAACGGAAGAGCAGAAAAUUAGGCUCAGUCACACGCGUAACGGGAAGCUAUCGGAUUAUCAUGGUCUAUCGAUCCGAAAAGUAUUGUGCCACAAAUUAUCACAGGUUGAUCUGAUGAAGUGUAAGGUUUAUUUACUGGAGUUUGCAAACAAAUUUCUAAAUAGUGCCAAGCAUUCGCUCGCCUAUCAGUAUCGUAUGAAUGCCACCAUUAAUAAUAUGCGCCUGUUGAGCAACGACAUAAAUCAAAUCGCAUCCCUAGAACGGCCAAUCCAUGAUUUGAUAAAUCGCAUCUGGAAGGAUACGACUACGAUUGACGGGCUUAUAACGAGAUACGAGGACUUUAAUAACUCAAUCUUACUUCUAAUCGAAGAGAUAACAGAGGCCGAAUAUUUCCUGCAUACGCGUGGCGCUGAGUACAUAAAUGCAUUAAUACAAGAAUUCUACCAAUAUCUCGAAAAAGCAUUCGAUAAAUAUGUGCAACGUGUUAGCGAGGAAUGUAAAUAUAUCAUUGGUCGUUGUGUGCCCUUGGCCCUGAUCCAUAAGCGCUCCCUCAACAAUCUCUGUCAUUAUUUGGUCGAUCCCAUUAACGGAUAUUGGCUUGGCCUAUUUACUUGCGCUCUACUCUUCUUUCCCAUCGUGCUCGUUGCCCACAAGCUCUUGUGCUUGUACAGGGUAUAUGGUCAUAUAGGGAGUGCAAUUAUUUAUUUCAAUAGCGCCCACUUCGCCUGUCCUGCCUGCACGGAUACGCCAUUUGUACCGGCACCCUAUGUCAUCAGCGCCGGCAAUCAGAUUCAUUUAUGUGGCUGCGAGGAAGCAUUCAAAGAGAAAGAUGCAUAACAAUCAAGUGAGAGCGAAGAUAUGAGUGAUAUGAUUCAGCACAAUGUGGCCAAAAACUGAACGAUUCACACAGAG